CUGGAGGAAUCUGUUAGCGCCCUUGUGAUCUGACUGGAGGGCAUCCGGAUUCUUGGUCCUGCACUGUGAAUAAAUACAGGAUUGGGGCUCUCUCAUUUCGGCGGUCAGACACUUCAUCUGCUGUUGCACAUUUCUUCCUCUGUUCUUUGGUCUUGUUUGAUCUGGCAACCCAGUGCGUUUGCAUCCCAAGCUUCCUUGGACUCGAAUCACAAGCAUUCUCUGUUAGAGCUCUUACUUCCUUGUGACAAGAUGGUCAACUGGAAGGCUCCGGAGUCGACCGAUCGGCUCCUCGCAUCGUUGAUUGUGGCCCACCCCGGCCUGAAGCUGGAUUAUAAGGCUAUGGCAACAGCUUUCGGGCAGGGCGCAAGCUACGACUCCAUCGAAGGCCGCUUCCGGAAAUGGCGUAAAAUGGCCGACGAGCUUCGCGGCGAGCUGGAUUCGCGAGGCAUCAAUUUCACCGAGCUGCGGGCUCGCAACAGCUCGUCUGGCAUCUUGACCCCGCGGACCCCUCGAGGACCCCGCAACGGCGUGACCAAGGCCAGCCAGCCCGCUCCAUCAUCGUCCCGCGCUCGCAGAGACAGCCGUACUAUCUCGCAGAAGACGCCGACCAGGCCCGCGAAGGGCGGUAGCAGUACCCGUACCCCUACCAUCCAUGGCGGCUCGCUCGUGCAGGCGAUCUUUGUAGAAGAUAACACCGAGGAAGAGGACAAGAAGGGUCUGACGUUCAAGCGCGAGAGUAGCGAAGCAGUGCACUACGGGCUCAUCACCCCAGUCAAGGAGCCCAACGACCUCAUGAUCGUGGACUCUCCUGCCACCGGUGGUCCUGGUGUCUCUGCGCUCAGUUCCACUAGACAUGGCAACGCCCGGUCGGAGAAGAGCGCGCAGAAGGCCCUUGUGCCUGCCCUGCCGACCAUCUCUGGCUUCGAGCACGGCGGCCAUGCGUCGUCAUCCAGUGUCGGUCUUCAUCACUCCUCCGGUUUCCAUCCCAUGGAUGACAUUCAGCAGCGGUUACACGGUCAUGUUUUUGCGUUCGAUCAUCUGUUGGACUCGGUCCCGUCUGGGUCGUAUCUUGGUGGUGAUGUCGUUUAGGAUCUUACGUUUUCGUGUUCUUACGCUUCGAUGUUCCAAC